CCCAAACCCAGGGUAUGAGAUUAAGUAUUUAAUUUACAAUGAAUUAAUUUGGGGAUGUCACUAAAGGAGAAGUCAGACUAUAAUUAAAACAAACAACCAAAAUUUAUUAAAUAAUUUUACUUUAUCAUUAUAUAUAAAUAGACUAGGGGGUUGAGCUCACUGUAAAACAGGAAAUGUAUUCCUCAGAUGAACAAUAACAACUAACUCAUUAAAGUUGGAUGAGUUGAAUACACAAGAGCAUGUUCAUCACUGGAUGAUGGUGUCAUUGAAUUCUGCAUUCAAAUCUCUCUGACAUUGACAUGUGGGGUUGGCAAAAUCCAGGAGUCAAUAAUGAGAAACCACACUGCAAUAACAACAUUCAUCCUUCUGGGACUGACAGAAGAUCCUCGGCUGCAGCUUUUGCUUUUCCUUUUCCUCUUUCUCACCUACAUAUUGAGUGUAGCUGGAAAUCUGACCAUCAUCACCCUAACCUUGCUGGAUCCCCACCUUAAAAUCCCCAUGUAUUUUUUCCUCCAAAAUUUCUCUCUCCUAGAAAUCUCAUUUACAACUGCCGGUAUUCCAAGAUUCCUAUACAGUAUAUCAACUGGAGACAGAACAAUUACCUACAAUGUAUGUUUCGUUCAAUUAUUUUUUAUAGACAUCUCUGGGAUAACUGAGUUCUUUCUCUUGGCAACCAUGGCAUAUGAUCGCUAUGUGGCCAUCUGCAAACCCCUGCAUUACAUGACAAUCAUGAGCAACAAACUCUGCAAAACAAUGGUUGUCUGCUGUUGGGGGGCAGCACUUCUGAUUAUCCUCCCUCCAUUCAGCUUGUGUUUUCAUCUGGAAUUCUGUGACUCCAAUCUCAUUGAUCAUUUUAUCUGUGAUGCAUCUCCUCUCCUGAAGAUCUCAUGCUCAGACACCUGGUUAAUUGAGCGGAUGGUUAUAGCCUGUGCUGUGUUGACCUUCAUCAUCACUCUUGUAGGUGUGGUUCUCUCCUACAUAUACAUCAUAAGGACGAUUCUAAAAUUCCCUUCUGCCCAACAAAGAAAAAAAGCCUUUUCUACCUGUUCUUCCCACAUGAUUGUCGUUUCCAUCACCUAUGGCAGCUGCAUCUUCAUCUACAUCAAUCCAUCUGCCAAAGAAGAGGCAAAUCUCAAUAAAGGUGUGGCAUUGCUUAUUUCUUCCAUUUCACCAGUGCUGAAUCCUUUUAUAUAUACUCUGAGGAAUAAGCAAGUUAAACUAGCCUUUCAGGACUCACUCAAAAAAAUUGCAUUUCUUUUAAGAAAGUAAAAUGUAUCUCUUGAUAAACCAACUUAAAAGAUUUCUGUGAGCUGUGAUGUAGGUUUCAGACAUGGUUCAUAUCUGGCAUUGCUGUGGCUGUGGUGCAGGCUGGCGGCUACAGCUCCCAUUUGACCCCUAGACUGAGAACCCCUACAUACCACAGGUGUGCGUCUUAAAAAAAAAAAGGAAAGGAAAGUAAAAAAUAUCUCUUGAUAAACCAACUCAAAAUAUGCACAGCUACAUUAUUUCUUGCAUAAUGUUGAUAGCAAAUAUUGGGAUUUCAUAGCUUAUAGACCAAUCAGGUUAACUUCACUGGCAUUUAAUCAUUAAUUUUCCCUUCAUAUACUGAAGAAGUAAUUAUUGAACUUUGCUUUGUGAGGAAUAAAAUAUAUCAUUUUUAAUCCUUUAACCAGAACCCAUCAUAAUUCAGUCAUUCCUUUUUCUUCUUUUAGAGGAUUUUCCUACAUAUUUUAAAAUAUUGGUGUGGAGAUGUCAUUCUUUUUUAUUGAAUUAUAACUGACAUGCAAUAUUACAUUGGUUUCAAGUGUACAACACAGUGAUUCAAUAUUUUUAUACAUGAUGAAACGAUCACAAUAAGUCCAGUUAUUGUCCAUCUGUUGAGCUUCCAGAUGUCAACAAAUUAAUCUGGGAAAACUAUGAGCAAUAUGAAACCAAUAUAGUCCAAAAUUCUGAUGAAACGGAAAGUUUCUUUGAAAUAUACAAAUUACAAACCUGAAACAAAAAGGAACAGAACAUCGACAUACAUUUAUGUUUUACACACUGAAUUAAUACCUAAAAAUAUUUGCACAAAGAAAACUCCAAAAUAAUGUUGCCUCAUUUGUGAAUACUAUCCAAGGAAUAAAUGAUCCCAUCUUUGCAAAUUCUUUCAAAAUACAUGAAAAAAGAAUACUUUCUCACUCAUUUUAAGAAAUUCGCAUGCU